CGCGUCGGAAUUAGGGUCUAGUCCUGCCCUGUGGUGUUCGCCCCCUCGAAAGUGCAAGAGCGCACGCCCAGAGCUGCGGGCAUUGUCACGUGCGGCCCUCUCGCGCGAGUUGGCCCGUCAGCGAUCUCGGAGGGGAUUGGCUGGAGCCAGGGUGGGCGCGGCGCUGAGGCUGUCGGGAAGAGAGCGGGUGUGUGCCGAGGCCCCCACCGCCCACCGAGACCUGAGCCAGACCUGAGCCGGGGCGUAGGGAGCGGCCCUUCUCGCCCAGCCUGCAGCGGGUGGGGUCGGCGUGCCUGGACCCUCGGUGAUCCCGCCCCGACGGCCGCCGCCAGCCCGCAGCCCCACCGAAUGGAGAUCCUGGACGAGUUCGACAGCGAGUUCCCCCAGAGUGUGACCUUCUGCCGGCGCAUAUCCGAGGAGGCCUUCGAGAGGCAGGCGGCCACUUACACGGAGCGCGCACUGCGCCGCCUCUUCCGCAGCCUCGACCGCAACCCGGCGCUGGCCGAGAGGGUGGUGCGGAAGGACAAGCAGGCCGAGUGCGAGCGGCGCGGGCUCCUCUCCUUCCUCUGGGCGAAGUUCUUCUGUGCAGUCCAGGGGGACCUGAACUUCUGCAACAGCAUGGGCGCCGUGGAGAUGCACCAGCGCCUGGAGCACCUGAAGAGGAGCAUGCACCGAGUGCACCUCUACUCCCAGAAAGCCAGGAAGAAGAGAAGGAAGCCAAAAGUAAAGAAACUAGAACCCGUCCUCUUGCGGAACCGGUCAACCUCCCCAUGCCUGCCGCCAACACUGCUGCCACCUCCACCACUGCCACCACCUGCCACCACCAUGUCCUCUGUGGUGGUCCGGUCGUCACCCUCUGUCUACACUAUGCCCAGGGUCUUUGGCCCCUUUCCUCCGCUGCCUAGCAAGUCGACAGAGAAAUUGGAAGUUUCAAGUUCUGAAGUGAAAUUAAACUGGCCUGGCCUGUCAUUGAACCCAAAGAGCCACAUGAUUAAUCUGACCCCCUUGGUCCUCAGACCUGGAGGCUUCCAUUUCUCGUACCUGCCCAGAAACGGUGUGCACAAGCUCCACUACCCUGGCUUCCCCUGGACCUCAGCCUGUAAUGACUCCCCCAGCACCGAGGAGACACCAGCCCCUCCUGUGGAGACCCCCGUUUUCACUCCACCUGUCCUGCUCAAGUUCCAGCCUGUGCCCAGACCUAGAGAUGACUCAGAGACUGACCAUGGCAGUACACAGUCUGUGCCCCACAAGCGGGGCCCAUAACCUCUUCCCUGCAGACUGUGGCGGAGGAAUGAAUAAAGU